AUGUUUCCCUGGGAGCGUCGGCAGAUGGAGGGCGGCAAGCUGACCACAUGGGAGAAGGUGUACUGGGGUGCCUUUGUCGCAGGGAUGAGCCUGCUGGCCUACAACAACCUGCCAAGGUUCUGGAAGACCGAGGAACCACCCACGGUGGACGAGGACAAGGAGGCGCGGAAGCUGGAGAGGACUCGGCUCAUCCUGGCAGGGCAGAGCGUGCUGGAUGGGGAGGAGUUCGACGGUCUGGAGCCGGAGGCAAGUCCCAGCUUCUUCUGUGGGGUCCAGCUGGCCAUUCAGGAGUAUGUGAGCAAGGCCACGGCAGGCGCCAGCGCAGCAGAUCCAUUUGAGGGCAUGAGCCCGGAGGAGAUCAACGAGUACAUUGCCAAGCAUGGCAACCCAGUCUGA